CGGCAGCUACGCGCAGGGCUCCACUAGCAGUAUGGCGGAAGAGGGCAGUGUGUUCGAGUUAGAAAGGUUUCAGAAACAAUUAGAGAGUUUGUUGAGCAGCUAUCCAAGUGAUGAACUGCAGGCCGACAGUAAACCCUUCUGCUCAGACUUCUGCAAGCUGGUGGAGGAGUAUACCUCUCACUGGCAGGUGCCGCUGCCUCAGCUCAGGAUCCUUGAGAUGGCUUUCUGCUACUUCGUCCGAGCCUCUUCCUUCUUCUCGUCAAACUGUGACCAUGUUCUCCACACACUCAGCAGUCUGGCCUUGAGUGUUUUUGAACUCUUGCUGUUCUUUGAUCAGAAGGACUUCCAUCAGGACCCACUCAAACACUUCACUGUUACAUUCCAGGAAUGUCAUUUGGCCAUUGCAAAGCAUCAGAAUGUGCAUUUUCAUCAGGUGAAGAAUUUGGUACAGGGCGGCGGGCCGUGGGCGAGCUCUGCCCUGCAGGCCAUUCUAGCAGAAUCCAAUUUACCUCAGAAUGAAGUGGACGGGUAUAUCAGCUCUGAGCUGCCAGUUUUCUUUGAGCUGCGGGUGCGCUACUUGUUCGCCUGUGAGCGGGUCAGUGAGGCAGUGGCCUUGGCUAAGUGUUGUGCUCGACACCCCACAGCAGGGCAACACCUGUUCUUCCUCCAGGUCUACCUCACGUGGCUUUACAAAACUUCCCAGCAUGACCACCUGCUCAAAGAGGUGGCCGACCUCAAUGGCAAGGAUGCAGUGCAUAUCAUCUGUAGCUUGGAGAGUGAGGAAAAGGAUGAAGUGCUGCUAGCUCUUAGCAGAGCCUUUCUCUCCCAGCAGCUCUGCAGGGGUGACAUGUACUAUUUGUGGGACCUUGUUUUAAUAUGGAGUAAACUCCACAGUCGGCUGAAUACAUCCAAACAAGCUUUCCUUGAGGAGAGUCACCAGCUGAUGUUGUCUGCCACCAAUGUCAACUCAAUCUUCCCAUUCAUUAGAGUCAUCCUGGAAGAGCUGGAUGAAGAUGGGUUCCAGUUUUGUGUGGAGCUCUGUGCUAAUGCCCUGCAGUCCUGCCUCCCCUGUGAUGUUGUCACCAAGUCCCUAAUCUACAAAACUAUUGCCAGCCUACUGCCCAACGAUCUGGAGGUGUGCCGGGCAUGUGCUCUCCUGGUUUUCUUCCUCGAACGCACUGUUGAGGCCUACAAGAUGGUCUACCUUCUCUACACACACCCUGAUCAGGAGUAUCAUGCAGAGACCAGUCCUAUUGGCAAUCAUGUUCGCUUUGAAACCCUGCAGGUUCUGAAGAAGGGCCUGUAUUUUGAUCCUGAGUUCUGGAACCUCAUUGCUUUGCGGACGAACUGCUUGAAGCUGAUGAGUGAGAAGGUGGUGAGUGCUGCCCUGGAAGAAAUCAUGGAGGAAAAGUGGGUCCCUAACUACUGCACCAAAGAGCCCACUUUCCGUUCAAACCCUUGUACAACCAACUGUCAGAAAGGAGCUAAAGUGACACAGCAAGCAGGAUCGAAGAAACGGAACCAUAAAGAGGAUGUACAUCAUAAAGAGGACAAAAAUCACAUGGCACCAAAAAGAAUUAAGAUGUGCCCAGGCAAAACACAGAUGUCUGACCAUGGAGCAAAGAAGAAGGGGAACCAAGGCUCACGAUCUAUGAAGGAGGUGUCGUCUGAAUCUUUUAGGCGAUCAUUUUGGCAGCUAGACAAAAGACAGGAGAACUUAGCCUUGCAGUGUUCAUAUGGCGAACACAGACGCAUUACACGGCUAUCAGAGAAGAAUCCUCCAAAACGGAAGAUCAGAAAACCCAGGUGGCUUAUGGAAGACUCAGGAACUCUCGAAGAGAAUAAUGCUCCUCCAAAGGUCAAAAAGCAUGUGAUGAAACCUCAGCAUCAAAAGCAGAAUCGAACCGCUGUGGUGAAGAGGUCUACAUCUGGUCAGGUCAAGAACAAUGCAAAACACAAAAUCAAUUUUAGUAUAAAAGCAGAAACAAAAACUAAAAUUAUUCCCAAUCACCACUGAUAUUACAAAAAUAUGG